CGUCACGGCACACAAUGGCAGCCAGCGGUACAGCUGUGACGAUCCUCACUCCAAAUGGGAGACGAGAAGCAUUCAAAGUGGCUCCAAACACCCCGUUACUGAAGGUGCUGGAGGACGUGUGCAGAAAACAUGGAUUCAACCCAGACGAUUACGGUUUGAAGUUUCAGAGGACUCUUAUCGACCUGACGCUGCAAUUGAGGUUUGCCAACCUGCCCAAUAAUGCUAAACUGGAAAUGGUUACAAGUACAAGGAAACAAUCUGCAGCCGAGAGCCAGGUGCGGAUUGCUCUUCAGAUGGAGGACGGCUCUCGGCUCCAGGGUUCCUUCUCCUGUGGACAAAGUCUGUGGGAGCUGCUCACACAUUUCCCUCCGAUAAGUGUUUCAGGGCUGUCGGAGUCAGGAUCCACUCCUGUAUGUGUUUACAUGAGAGAUGAGGUGAGUGGGGAAGAAGCACUAAAGAAGACCACACUGAAGUCACUGGGUCUCACAGGAGGAAGUGCCAUUGUCCGGUUUUUACUCAAAAAGGACAAAUCUCUUGGAAAGGAAGAUGACAGAGAAGCCAUUGAAACAGCUGCUAUUCCAACCAGGCCUGUUGCCAAGGAAACCCUCCAUAGCACAUCAUCACAGCCCGAUCCUGCUUCAUCACAUCCAGUGACGUCAACAACAGCCGAGCAAGUUAAAAAUUCGAGGCCUGAUAGCCCAAUGGAUACCCGGCCUGUGCCAACUCCUGCCUCUGUUGCAAGCUCACUUCCUGUUCAACAGGAAGUUCCUGUAAAACAGAAAGAGGUUCUGAACCCCAAGGAUGCAGUACGGCCAAAAGUCGCCCCUGUGGAGAGAAGUGUCUCAGAAAAUGAUGGCGAGGAAGCAGGGCCAUCAGGACUAAGCUCUCAUGCAUCUUCAUCUGCGUCCCCCGCUCCCCUAGCCCCAUUCAUCCCCUUCUCUGGAGGCGGUCAGCGCCUCGGGGGUCCAGCGGGAGGAGCAGUCGGACGAUCACCGUCUUUGUCCGCUCUGGCAGUGGAGUCACCCAAAGCCAAGAAAGCCAAAUCCAGCCACGGUUCGGGCACCAAGGGUCAUGUCACUGCCAACCAGCCCGAUGACGACAUGGAUCAUGGGGAGGAGUUCCUGGAGCCAGUGGAGAGGGAGCCUCUCAUCUACCACCUGGACUCCAUGUCCCGUAAGUCUGCGGACCAUAGGGAUCUGCCAGACGAGUUCUUUGAAAUAACAGUGGAUGACGUGCGGAAGCGCUUCGCCCAGCUGAAGAGCGAGAGGAAGGUUUUGGAGGAGGCUCCACUGAUGACUAAAUCUCUGAGAGAAAACCAGAUGAAGGAGAAGAUGUACAGAUAUCCCAAAGUGGUCCUGAGGGUCCAGUUUCCAGACAGACAUGUCCUACAAGGCUUCUUCAGGCCCCUGGAGACAGUUGAUACAGUGAGGAGCUUUGUGAGGAGUCAUCUGGAGAAUCCUCAGCUUAGUUUCUACCUGUUCAUCACACCCCCAAAAACCAUUCUGGACGACCCUUCAGCUUCACUUUUCCAGGCCGACUUGUUUCCUGGUGCAGUGGUUUAUUUCGGCUCCGACGAUAAUACAGAUUUUUACAUAAAGAGGGAACUCCUUCAAUCCUCUGUCUCAGCCUUGCAAGCAAAUGAGACCAUUGCAAGCUGCAUGAUCCAGUCCCCGACGCCCUCCUCCAGCUCUGUGGACUCAGAGGAGCCGCUGCCUUCCCCAGAGCAGAUGUCAGACACCAGUGGGCCCACUCAGGAUGAGCAAGACCCAUCCGCACCCACCCAGGCGGCUAAAACAACCAGAUCUGACCUGGGGAAAGUGCCCAAGUGGCUCAAGCUUCCAGGUAAGAAGUGAGACUGUGAGGACCGACCACAGACGUCUGAAGAGCUCUGCUUUGCAGGCUGAGAAAAGCACUUCCACCUUUGCUGCGAUUCUGAAAAAGCCUCAACAUUGUGACAACAGUGGACUUAAUCCUGACGCCUGCGCUUAAUAGUUUUUCAUAAAGUCAAAGUAAUGAACUGAGUAUCUGAGUGAUAAAGAGAAAUUGCCAUGAAGUUUGAUGCUGUUUCAUUCCGGUUGAGCGUGCUGAAGAGGCUGCUGUUAUUCAGCAGCUGAAAACAUAACAAAGUGAAUAAAGAUUGUUGAAUUAAAA